AUGGUUCACUGGGCUCUUGAUCGGCAGGGUAUGAUCGGCGGCCAAGGAAAGAUCGUCGAGGUAGACGAGAGCAAGUUCGGGCGCCGCAAGUACAACUUAUUAAGGAACGGAUCGCCCCGGGGUCGAUCAUCAUCUCCGAUUGCUGGGAAGGCCAACAGCUGCUUCCUGACGAGUUUCGAGCACCUGACCGUCAACCACUCGUACCACUUUGUAGAUCCAAACACGCAAGCUCAUACGAACACGAUCGAGCGGCAGUGGAGGGAGGCCAAGAGGAAGGUACCGCUCUGUGGCCGCAGGAAGAAGCACUUCGCAGGGUACCUGGCUCGGUGCAUGUUCCUCAUGCACUACCAGGACCUGAAUAUGAGGUUGGACCACUUCCUGUGUGCUGCAGCGUCGCUGUAUCCUCCGGCCUAG